AUGUCUGCCGAGGAAGAUAUCGUCAUGGAAACCCAAGAGGUUGAAGUUGCCGCUGAGGCUACCCAGGGCCAAAUGUCCGUUGAGGAUGCUCUUCAGGAAGUCUUGCGCCGUGCCCUUGUUCACGAUGGUCUUGCCCGUGGUUUGAAGCAAGCCGUCAAGGCUCUUGACAGACGCCAGGCCCAUUUGGCUGUCUUGAACGAGUCCUGCACUGAGGGUGAAUACGUUAAGCUCGUCGAAGCUCUCUGCGCUGAGCACAACAUCAACUUGAUCAAGGUUUCCGAUCCCAAGAAGCUUGGUGAAUGGGUUGGUCAAUGCAAGAUCGACCGUGAGGGUAACGCCCGCAAGGUUGUUGGCUGCUCCUGCGUUGCCGUCACCGACUUUGGUGAGGAAUCUGAGGCCAUGAACGUUCUCUUGGACUACUUCAAGUCUCGUUAA